AUGGAGGAGCCCCCGGCGUGGGAGAACGACGGCCUGCUUCCUCUGGAAAGGCAGCUCCAUGAAGCUGCCCGUCGGAACAACAUCGGAAGGAUGAAGGAACUGAUCCAGAGGAAAGUCAACAUCAGGGCCAGAAACCACGUGGGCAGGGUAGCCCUGCACUGGGCUGCGGGUGCAGGGCAUGAGCAAGCUGUGCGGCUGCUCCUGGAGCAUGAGGUUGCUGUGGACGAUGAGGAUGCGUUUGGGAUGAACUCACUUCUCCUGUCUGCCUGGUUCGGCCACUUACAGAUCCUGCAGAUCUUGGUCAACUCUGGGGCCAAGAUCCACUGCAAGAACAAGGACGGCCUGACAUUACUACACUGUGCAGCCCAAAAAGGCCACGUGCCAGUGCUCGCAUUCAUAAUGGAAGACCUGGAGGAUGUGCCCCUGGACCAAGCUGACAAGCUGGGAAGGACAGCGUUUCACAGGGCUGCUGAGCAUGGGCAGCUGGACGCUCUGGACUUCCUUGUGGGCUCUGGCUGCGAGCACAGUGUGAAAGACAAGGAGGGGAACACAGCCCUUCACCUGGCUGCUAGCCGCGGCCACCUGACUGUGUUGCAGCGACUCGUGGACAUCAGGCUGGACCUGGAGGAGCAGAAUGUGGAAGGUCUGACUGCCCUACACGCAGCGGUUGAAGGCAGCCACCCUGACUGUGUGCAGCUGCUCCUUGAGGCUGGGAGCAGCGUGAACGCCCUCACCCAGAAAAAGCAAAGCUGCCUCCACUACGCAGCCCUUGGUGGCUCUGAGGAUGUGGCCCGGGCCCUCAUCCAUGCAGGAGGCCACACCAACAUAGCUGAUCAUCAGGGAGCCUCUCCUAUGCACCUCGCUGUGAGGCACAACUUCCCUGCCUUGGUCCAGCUCCUCAUUGACGCAGGCAGUGACCUGGAUGCCACUGACAAUAGGCAGCAGACGCCCCUCCACCUUGCUGCUGAGCACGCCUGGCAGGACAUAGCAGAGAUGCUCCUCGUCACUGGGGUUAACUUAAACCUGAGAGAUAAGCAAGGGAAAACUGCCCUGGCAGUGGCCGCCCGCAGCAACCACAUCAGCCUGGUGGACAUGAUUAUAAAAGCUGAUCGCCUCUACAAAUGGGAGAAGGACCACCCUCAGGAUCCCUCUGGGAAGAACUUGACCUUUAAGCAGGACCAUCGGCAGGAAACGCAGCAAUUCCACUCUGUGCUGUGGCAACUGGCUUCCAGGCAUCUGCGGCCUCAAGAGUGGAAGAAGCUUGCGUAUUGCUGGGAAUUCACCGAGGCCCACGUCCAUGCCAUCGAGCAGCAGUGGACAGGCGUCAAGAGCUACCAGGAGCAUGGCCACCGGAUGCUGCUUAUCUGGCUGCAUGGUGUGGCCAUAGCCGGUGAGAAUCCCAACAAAGCACUGUUCGAGGGCCUCGUGGCCAUUGGCAGGAGGGACCUGGCUGAAAGCAUCAGGAAGAAAGCAAAUGCUGACCCGGGUACCCCCAGGAGGUGUACAGCCAUGUAA